GUACGACCUAACCUUUUUACGAACGUAUUUUAUGGUAGAAAUAGUAUGGCAGUUGCGGUAUGAUUGUAGAUACGAGUGGAGGUCGUUUUUUUCUGAGGUUAUCUUGUAACGCUUCACGUAUAUCACCCGCAAGAAUAAAAUAUUCGGACGAUAUUAAACAUAUCGCACGAUGAGGGUCGAACGCUUAAUUUAUAUUUUUUGUCUGAUUUUAAUUUUUCACCUCUCAACUGUUGUCUGUGAAAUCCAGCCGCAUUACGAUGAGAAAUUUCAAACCGCAACGUCGACGAAACUGCCAGAGUUUGUAUCUGAAAAACCACAAGAUAGAUUAGGAUUUUUGCACGCUUUUAUAGCAGCUUUAUCAGUCAUCGUUGUAUCAGAAUUAGGCGAUAAAACAUUUUUCAUCGCCGCUAUUAUGGCAAUGAAACAUCCCAGAUUGACUGUGUUUGUUGGAGCCAUAAGUGCUCUUGCUCUGAUGACUAUUUUAUCAGUGGUAUUUGGAUAUGCGGCUACUAUAAUUCCUCGUGCAUAUACGUAUUACAUUUCCACUCUUCUUUUUGCUCUUUUCGGUUUAAAAAUGUUACGAGACGGAUAUUACAUGUCACCGACAGAAGCGCAAGAAGAGUUGGAGGAGGUUCAGUCGGAUCUGAGGAAAAGAGAUGAUGAAGUAAAUUUAAAACAUUCUUUUGUAGAUGCACAUACACAUACAAAUACAAACACAAACACAGAAAGAGAUACAUGCACACGCACACGCAAUCUAUCAGGCGUUCAUAAAUCUACAGAAAAUAUCACAUUUAAAUAUGAAAAGGAAACAGCGAGUACGUUAGUUCAGGAUGCUGAAACAGGAGUCAUACGAAAAGCUACAAAAGCUAGCGCACUUAUGUUGCUUUCCAGGAUAUUGCUCCAAGCGUUCACCCUUACCUUUCUCGCUGAAUGGGGCGAUCGUUCUCAGUUAACUACAAUUAUUCUCGCUGCGAGAGAGGAUGUUUACGGAGUUGUAUUAGGUGGAAUAUUAGGUCAUUCAUUUUGCACAGGCUUAGCAGUAUUAGGAGGGCGUAUAAUAGCCCAGAGGAUAUCAGUGAGAACAGUGACUAUUAUUGGAGGAUUAGUGUUCCUGCUGUUCGCUGUAACGGCGCUCUUUGUGAAUCCUAUGGAAGAUGUUUGAGGAUCCUCCUCCCGUUAGCUACAAAAAUUCUUUCCACCAGUAUUUGUAUUAUUUUAUAAAAAUUUGUACAUGUGUACAUUUGUGAGAUGUUGUAUAUUUUUACAGUAUGACUCUAUUCCAGAAUUAUAUAAAGUUUAAUCCGGCCAAUUUAAGCCAUAGAGAACUGUCUUCUAACGUAGACGAUAGAUUAUAGUGUAUAAGCUAUAUCGAUAACAAAUCGAGAACAAAUCUUGUGAAUAUUAAAUGUUAGUACAAAUGUGUGAAGUUCUUUUCAGUAUUUACUGUAAAAGUGAAAGAUCAACAGAGUCGCAAAAUUCUUUUCGAAAUAUCUAUUCUACUGUUAUUAAAAACUGACUCUUUUACAGAAUGCAGAAAACAAUACAUUUUUCUUCGUGCGAAAAUAACGCACUUUGAAUUAUUUUAAACUACUUUUAAUGCGGUGACAUUAAUGUACAGCAUUCAGCGCAGGAAUACUCGUAACACAAUACUGACAUUCGUAUAGCUAAUUUCUCGGCUCGAAAUAUGUUAUUCGACUGUACUUCAUGUAAAUAAGUUUAUUAUACUUUUCUGCCGUUUGUAAGAUACCGAAAAGAAAUAGUUUUAUAUAAGAUAUAAACAAAAAAAAAAAAUAA